AUGAACCCGCAAUGUUCUAAAUGUAAGGCAGCAAUGAGGAAAUAUAACUACUCCGUCAAAGAGAUAGAACGUAUGCGAAACGACUAUGCAGACUUAAAGAAAGAAGCAGAAAAGCCAGCAGAAGAUAAAAUGGACAUGUUAGCAUUUCUGAACAAAAACUAUCCAACUGCUGACGAUUUCCUUCUAUCUGAUGUCAAGAAGAAGUAUAAAGAAACUUUCGGUAUCGUUAAAACAUUCGAUGUACUGACAGAAGAAAUAGAAGCUACGAAAUUGUUUAGAGUCAUGAACCAUCGCAACAUAUACCAUGUAAAACGCUUGUAA